GAACAUGCAAUGUCAACCAUAUUCAAUACGCUCGGAUAAAUGGACGGGCUAAGUAUCACCUCAGUUCAUUCAUUGACUGAUAUUUCGGUAUAGACUGGGUUGAUAUAUCGCCACCGUCCCCUGGCUUUUGCCAUGUAUAAAGCAAGACAGUUCCGCCACAAAUCUGUAGUUCAACAUCAUCCAUCCCAUCUGCACAAUCACCAUCAUUUUCAUAGUCAUCAUGGUAUCAUACAAAACUCUUCUGAUUACCCUUACUGCUUUUGCGGGAGUCUUAGCAUACCCAGCCAACUCGACAUUUGAACUUGUCGAUCGGAGUGGGACACCUAGCUCUACUGGAACCAGUGGUUGGUAUCUCUAUAACAUUUAGGGCUAUAUUUUAUGUUAACCUUACUGAUCAGGUGGAUACUACUACUCUUUUUGGACCGACGGAGGUGCAGCCGUGACUUAUACGAAUGGUGCUGGUGGCGAAUAUAACGUCCAAUGGUCAGGAAGUGGAAACUUUGUUGGCGGGAAGGGUUGGAAUCCUGGAAGUGCCAUGUUGGUUUAAAAAUUUAAUCGCUCCUCAACUACAAUCAUAAGUAUAGUUCAUGCUGACCAUUGUUUCAAUUCAUUCGUAGGGCCGUUACUUAUAGUGGCACAUACAGUCCAAAUGGAAACAGUUAUCUGUCCCUCUAUGGCUGGACCACGUCACCUCUAAUUGAAUAUUAUAUUGUCGAGAAUUUUGGUACAUAUAAUCCAAGCACUGGAGCUACUUUGAAGGGUACUGUCGUCAGUGAUGGAGCCACAUGUAAGUAGGAUCUACAUUCACGGAGCUUCUAUGGUAUCCUUUCCAAAAUAAGCACAUUCAGCUCUUGUGCUCGUGACGUACCGGUGCAUCCAAUUACUUCUUUCCUGCACAAUGACUGACAGGACCUGCUCCAGAUAACAUUUACCAAACCCAACGCGUGAAUGAACCAUCCAUCGCCGGUACUGCCACCUUUUAUCAAUAUUGGUCUGUUCGACAAUCCAAACGAACUGGUGGCACGGUAACAACUGGAAAUCAUUUCAAUGCAUGGAAAGCUCUUGGAAUGAAUAUGGGUACAUUUAAUUACAUGAUAGUCGCAACCGAAGGAUACUAUUCCAGUGGUUCAUCCGAUAUAACGGUUGGAAGUUCAAAUGGAGGUGGUAGCACUGCACCAACCACCUCAGCUCCUGCUUCUUCACCUACAUCAUCACCUGGUGGCAACGUAAGUUUUAUCUUCUCUUCUCUUUGAUUCAGUUAAUAAAAACUCAGCUGAUGCUUGAUAUAAUUUAGUGCGGUGCUUUAUACAGUCAAUGUGGCGGCACAGGAUUUACGGGCUCUGCGUGUUGUGCAUCCGGAACUUGCAAGUAUGCAAAUUCCUACUAUGCUCAAUGUUUGUGAGAUGUUUGUGCCCCUCAAGGUAUUAAUGUUGGAUAUCAAGGAAGCUUUUGCAUGCCGGAUCUUUCUGUCUCAACAUUAUUACAUCAGCUGUUUCAUAGUGGCGCAUAAUAACAGAGGGAAUUAUGGAAAUUCAGUAACCUACUUUAUCAUAUCUGUACAAGUAGCACAUAAUUUUACCGCCGUCUUCCACAAUGUUUGCUCUCUUUGCCGAGGGUACAGCCACAAAAUACACACAACUAC